CGAUACCGAUCCGGAGUUUUUCAGCCUUCUGGUCGGGCAACCUCUCUCCAAUUUCGUAAAUUCAAGGAAAACCCAUCAAAAUUUCUGCUAGACCCUUUUCAUCGUUCUUCAACGAUACCCAUUAGGCCAUAACCCCCCAAAAAAGGAAAUCUCAUUGCUCCUUCAUCUUCUAUCAGUUACAGGUUUGAAGCUUUAUUCUAAAUAAAACUUCUGCUGAAAUUGUCGAAGAGAAUCCUGACCUUGAGUUGUUCAUGGGAUUGACCAGAGGUUCAAUCUUAUAUACCUUUUAAGUGUUUACUGUGACAAAGUUUCCAAUCAUGGAGACCGCGGAGAAAUCAGAACCAACCGUCUAUACUAGAACUCCAAGACUGGCUGGUACUGUGAACUGGGGCACUGCUACGGUUAUUGGAGUGUUUGCUGGCAUGCUAUAUGGAGGCAGCAAGGAAGCUGCUGCAUCUGUUAGCAAGGAUGCAGAAGUUAUGUUGAAGCUUGGGAGCACUCAAGACAAGCGUGAGCAGCACAGGUUAAUGAGAGAUGCAAUGGAGAAAAGGUUCAUCCGAGUUUCUCGUGGAUCAAUAGUAGGUGGGAUUCGUCUGGGUAUGUUCACUGCGACCUUUUGUGGCUUGCAGAAUCUGCUUGCUGAGAAACGGGGUGUUCAUGAUGUUUACAACGUUGUUGGAGCUGGUUCAGCCACUGCCGCAGCAUUUGGCCUCAUCAUGCCAGGAUCCCUCCUUUGGCGUGCAAGGAAUGUAUUGAUGGGUUCAGUUUUGGGAGCGGCAUUUUGCUUCCCUAUUGGUUGGGUUCAUUUAAAGCUUGUGGAGAAGGCAAAUGAAGAUAAUUCAGUUGUUAAUUCCAGCAGUGAGGCAAAAAGCGGGGUUGGUGCCGCAAUUGACAGGCUUGAAGGGAGUUUGAGUAAAUAAAAUAAAAAAAAACAGUUAAAGAUGCUUGUUUACUUUGCUGCAGUGGAAGAAAGUGGAAGGAAUAACCCGAGAGAAGACCUCUCUUAACAAAUCCAGUCAGAGAAAAGUGUUAUAUAUGUACCUUUCGCCUAACUUUCGCCCUCCAGUGACUACUGAUCUCUACUCUUUUUUCUGACUAUUGAGGGAAAUUUUGUAGAACAUACAUUCCGGAUGGUUAUGCUGGUUUUGUAUUCUGAAUAUUAUGUCUUUCUUCGGUGGA